ACCUGAAAUGCCUCUGGGAAUCAUUUCUGCAAAUACAGCUGAAUAGCAGUUAAACCUCGCCUUGCAGGGGUAUAUCAGUUAACACGCAGCUGUUGUUGAUAACACCCUGCGGGGGGCCCCCAGCCCGAGUACCGAGUUUUAAGUCUCAGUGCAGCAGUUUUCUUUCCCUUUUCUCCCUUUGUUUUUCUACACGUUUUGAAGUUCAAUUUUCUGUUGAUAAAUGGAUCAGUUCAAUCCUAAAGUUGCCGAGGAAGAUAUGAGGGCCUUGGCAGCCUCUUUGUCUCCGAUUGCUACCUCUUUUAAGCAAGAAAAGGAGCCUGAUUUAGACAACAAUGAAGACUGCUUAUUGACAAAGGAAGAGGGCAAAGUCCGGUCUGGCAAGCACAGUAUGGAAGAGAAGGGGCUGCUGGUUUUACAACAAGAUAGUGGGAUUCCAUACAACACAAAAAAAGCAACAGCCUGGGGUGUCAGAGUUUGGGACGAAUGGGGCAAAACUCGCAACAGCUACAUUAUGGAGCAGGGCGUCCAGCGCAAUGAGCUCUUCCUUUAUGUGCCCGAACUCUGCUAUGAAAUCACCCAUGAUGAACUUAAUUUCUGGUUGUGCAGGUUUGUGCUCGAAGUGCGGAGGCAAGAUGGGUCAGAAUACCCACCAAACUCUCUCCGUCUCCUAUGCUGCUCGAUCCUGCGCCACCUGCGUGAGAAUUGCAGGCGAUCAGAUAUCGAUUUCUUCAACAAGCUGAAGCCAGACUUUGCCGAGUUCCGGACCACCCUUGAUAAUCGGAUGAAGCAGCUGCAGCGGUUAGGCAUUGGGCUAGUAAGGAAGCAGGCCCAGCCAUACACGGAGGAUGAUGAGGAGAGGCUGUGGCAGGUGGUCUUCCAUCUUCAUGAUGCAAAAAGCUACAGUUAUGCUGCCUACUUCUACGUCUGCAAGGUCUUUGCCCUCUGUGCAGCCAAGGACCACCAUAAACUAACAGUUGAUCAGUUCAAGUUUGGCUGUGACAUGAUCAGUGAAUAUGUGGAGUUUACUGGCAGACCAAGUAAUCCUCAAGAUAGCCUCGACAAGCUGAAAAUUGUCCAGACAAGACAAUAUGCCGAUUCCCCAAACCCGAGAUGCAUUGUUUCCCUGUUGCGACGCUACCUCAGCAUGAUUCCCAGUGAAGGCCCAUUCUACCGCCGUCCCGUGCCGGGCACCAUGCAGUUCUCAGAACAGGCAAUAGGAGUUCACACCUUGGAAAGGUAUUCCAAAGAGAUAUGUGAAGCUGCGGGAAUUUCAGGACACCACACAGGGCAUUCCGGAAGGGUCAGCAGUGCAACAACCCUAUACAAUCGAGGCUUCGAUGAGCAGUCAAUUAAGGAACGAACAGGGCCUACAGGUAGUUUGGCAAAGGGCUAUAGGAGACCCUCUCCUGCUCAGAUGAAGGCCAUGUCAGACUGCUUGCAACCUCCCAAUCCUCUCAAGAAGAUUUCAGCAUGUUCACCUUCAUCAUCCACAUCAUCCGAAGACCACAGUUCCUCUCAGGAUGAAGGCCCAAGCAACAUCAUCAUCAUCUCUGAAGAUGGUACUGAUCACCCACAAGAAAUUACAACUAUAUUUAGCAGGCCUGAAGUGACAAUCACAGAACAGGAUGGUGUACUAAAAAUUGAAAUACCACCUAGGACUCCCCCAUUGGUGCCCUUAUCUUCACUUCAUACCAUUACAAAGUUAAAAAUAGUGAAAGGGGACAUUGUAUUAGAACUAAAUUUAUAACAGUUAAUUUAUUAACUGUAAAUUCUGCGUUCACCAGUGUUUGUUUUAGAUUACAUGCUCCAACAUUGUUCUUUGCUGUUUCUGUGAAAGUGUAAUCUGGAUAAGUACUAAGUAUGCCAUGAAGUACAAUCCAUGAAUCAAUGUGCCACAAUCCUGAUGACUAGCACGUACAAGCUUGCUCUAUUAUCCUCCAUGUUAGCCACUGAUAGCGGAUGGCAGGAAUAGGUGUUGCUUUAUGUAUUUUCUCUUCUAUUUCUGAAGCUGGUGACUCUUGUUUAGUACAGGUCUAGUAACCAGCCGGAUAAUCUCCACAAGACCGAACAAUGAGUACCAGCAAGCUAUUCAAAUAGGAGGAGUAUGUUCCCACAGCUGAAAACAAUUCUCUCCUCAUAUGACAUCCAAAUUUCCUUUCUAGUGGGAAUGAGUGAAUAGUAAUCAUCUGGUUGAUGGUAAUCAAGAGCAGGUUUCCCCUCCCUAGGCUAAUGGUGUUUAAAUUAUCCUAGAUGAGCUUAAUAAAGUUAGCAAUGAUGAAGAGCGAACAAAUCUUUGUAGGUUGCAAAUAUCAAUGGUAUACUAGCUGCAAAGUUACUGAGAAUCAGAAAGCUGCAUGCCUCUUUGUGACACCACUGCUGAUCAACUUACAGCUUACAUUGACUCAUUAAAAUAUUAGCAUGAAUACUUUGAUUCCUGUAUUAAACCAGGGUUUAAUUCUGGUUUAUCACCUGCAUUACUGGGAUUGUACACUGAACUUGGUCUUGAAACUCAUCACCAGACUCUAACAUAGUGGUGCAAAGGGGCUAAUCACUUUCACUUUUGAAUCCCAAAUUUAAAACCAUCCCUGGUCCUGUUGGUCAUUAAGGUCUACCAAAAAUUAAUCUUAACAAUUUCAACCCUGUUCUGCUGGGCAGAAAUUCUCAGAAUAAAAUAGUGCCAAUUCAGCACUAAAUUAUCAGUUUCACUCACUGAAGCCAGAAGAUGCAUAAAAACAAAUAAGUCCACACUAAGUCGAUGAUGAUUAUUUGUGCAGAAUAAAAAAAAACAAGCUAAAAACUUUGAAUCUAAAGAUGGACCUUUUCUUUAAAUGGGACAGUACAGAAAUGGCUUUGCUCUGCCUCUAUCCUGCAUUUUGCUUGUCCUUGAGGCAUUUGAUGAGACGGUAGGGAAAUUUAUUCUACAAUUAUCCUCUGCUGUACCUGUUUUUGGUAUAAUUGAUAUUAUUUUCAUUGCCUAAUGAAGAUAAAUGUGAAAUUAAAAAGUUCAAUAAAAUAGUGCUACAAAACUUGUGUGGACCAGGGUUGACUACAGAGAACAGGAA